AAGGAUUAUGUAAAGAUGAAAGAACGGUUUAGACGAUUUGCAGGAGCAGCACAGUCUCUGGGAGCUGGUGCCUUACUUGUAAAUCCAUGGAACAUCACAGAGGUUGCUAAUUCAAUAGUCUAUGCAUUGAACAUGCCUCCUGAUGAGAGAGAAAAGCGCCACAGGCACAAUUAUGCCCAUGUAACUACUCAUACAACCCAAGACUGGGCAGAAACUUUUGUAAGCGAACUCAAUGAUACUGUUGCUGAAGCUCAGCUAAGAACAAGACAGGUUCCACCAGCACUGCCUUCCGAAUUAGCAAUUAAUCAAUGUUUGCUGUCCAAGAAUCGACUUUUGAUACUGGGUUUUAAUUCAACUCUAACAGAACCGGUUGAGUCUUCUGGAAGGAGAGGUGGAGAUCAAAUCAAAGAAAUGGAGCUUAAGUUGCACCCGGAGUUAAAAGGCCCAUUGGCAACAUUGUGCAACGAUCUGAAGACUACCAUUAUUGUCCUUAGUGGAAGUGACAGAAGUGUCCUGGAUGAUAAUUUUGGUGAGUAUAACAUGUGGUUGGCAGCAGAAAAUGGAAUGUUUUUGCGUCUUACUGAUGGAGAUUGGAUGACAACAAUGCCAGAGCAUCUAAAUAUGGAUUGGGUUGACAGUGUAAAGCAUGUUUUCGAGUAUUUCACGGAAAGAACACCAAGGUCUCAUUUUGAACAUCGGGAGACAUCACUAGUCUGGAACUACAAGUAUGCAGAUGUUGAUUUCGGAAGGCUCCAAGCAAGGGAUAUGCUACAACAUCUGUGGACAGGCCCAAUUUCUAAUGCAGCUCUUGAUGUUGUCCAAGGUAGCAGGUCAGUUGAGGUUCGUUUCGUGGGAGUGACAAAGGGUGCCGCAAUCGAUCGGAUAUUGGGAGAAAUUGUUCACAGCAAGAACAUGAGUGUGCCGAUAGAUUACGUUUUAUGCAUCGGUCGCUUUCUUGGAAAGGACGAAGAUAUCUACACAUUCUUCGAGCCGGAGCUCCCAUCCGAACCCUUAGCCUGCUCCAGAUCAAAAACAGCAGAAAUUUUCAAAUCAUCUGCCGAGAAGAGGAACACAGGGAAGCCUUCCAACAUCAAAAACACCAUGAGAGUCUCUCAUGGAAGGAACCAGAAGGGCUCCUUUUCAUUAGAAAGGAAGGCUUCGUCCUCAUCUUCUUCAUCAUCGCCAUCACUAUCAUCAUCAUCAUCCAACCACAACCACAAUAAUAACAAACUAAACCCCUCGAAAUCGGCCCAAGACGCCUCCUCCUGGCACGAAGGAUUCUCCGUGCUCGAUCUCAAGGGCGACAACUACUUCUCCUGCGCCGUUGGAAGGAAGCGGUCGAGCGCGAGGUAUCUUCUCAACUCCUCAGAGGACGUCGUGCUGUUCUUGAAGGAAUUAGCGGAGUCAUGCACCCAAAAUGGUUUUGUUAAUCCUAGCAACCAUUUCUUGAAUGCUGAUAGGAUGAGAUGAGAGGUAUUGUAUUACAGAAGUUGUCUUGUGUGCCCCCGGUUUGACUGUGGAAAGAAAGCUUGUUUUUUUGCAGGGAAGGGGCUUUAGAGGAAUGGAGCACGCUUAGGUAUUUUAUAAUGUUUUAUAUUUUAUAUGUUAUUCAUAAUGUUAAUCACUGUUAAUUUGGUAACAUUAUGUGUAUAAUUGUUGGUGU